GCUGCGGAUCCGCCGAAAGGCGGGGACGGGCGAGGGACCCACGGUCUCCCAACUCGGGCCGCCAAGCGCAAACACUGGGCCCAGCUCCCGAGGGCUCCAGCUCGGCCCCAGGGAGCAGGCGAGCGUGCAGCCUGCCUUUGGUGGCCUUGUCCGCCCCGUUCGCGCCCACCCACCCAGGAGGUGGGGUCCAAACCUCCAGGAAGAUGGUGUCCUGGAUGAUCUCCAGAGCCGUGGUGUUGGUGUUUGGAAUGCUGUAUCCUGCCUAUUAUUCAUACAAAACUGUGAAAACCAAAAACGUGAAGGAAUAUGUUCGAUGGAUGAUGUACUGGAUCGUUUUUGCUCUCUAUACUGUGAUUGAAACAGUAGCAGAUCAAACAGUUGCUUGGUUCCCCCUGUACUAUGAACUUAAGAUUGCUUUUGUCAUAUGGCUGCUCUCUCCCUAUACCAAAGGAGCAAGUUUAAUAUACAGAAAAUUGCUUCAUCCACUUCUCUCUUCAAAGGAAAGGGAGAUUGAUGAUUAUAUUGUGCAAGCAAAGGAACGAGGCUAUGAGACGAUGGUAAACUUUGGGCGGCAAGGUUUAAACUUAGCAGCUACUGCUGCUGUUACUGCAGCGGUGAAGAGCCAAGGGGUAAUUACUGAGCGCUUACGGAGUCUGAGUAUGCACGAUCUGACAGCUAUCCCAGGGGAUGAGCACGUGGGACAAAGAUUGUACCAGCCUCUACCAGACACAAAAAAGAGAAGUAAAUCAGCCGCCAGUGAAUCAGCAGACUAUGGAAUUCCACUGAAAGACGGAGAUGAGAAAACAGAUGAAGAGGCAAGUGGGCCAUAUUCAGAUGAUGAGAUGUUAACACACAAAGGGCUUCGAAGAUCACAAAGCAUGAAAUCUGUGAAAACCGUGAAAGGCCGCAAAGAGGUGCGGUAUGGGUCACUAAAAUACAGAGUGAAGAAGAGACCGCAGGUGUAUUUUUAGUCAUGUACACUUCAAGUAUCCCAAGACAAAUUAUGCUAAAGCACCAACCUUUUUUUCUAACAUCAUACAUUCAGGAUUUGUGCACUAAAAUAAUUCUUUAAAUUGUGGCAGUGAUAGGGUUUAUUUUCAUUAAUUUAAAUACUUUUUUAUUUCUCUAAUAAUUACUUUCAAAUGUUGACUACUAAAGGUAGUUAUGCAAAAUAUGUGUGUAUAUAUAUAUGUCAGAAAUAAUAGAAAACUGUGUUAUCUAUUUUCAAAUUCAUCAAAAACAUGGAGUGCCUGGGCUGUAAGAGGAAGCACAAACCCACAGUAUACUUGAAAAGAGUCUUUUUAUGGUUCAAGAUACAUCAGUCUUUGCGUUAUUGUAUUGUUUACCUCCAUUUAUGUCAUAGCUAUCACAUGAGGAUAGUAAUUAAAUAGACCUCUAAUGCAGCAGUGAUAGUACAAGGCAUAAUGUGAGAUAAGGUAUGUUUUAUAUAUUCUUUAAAUUUUUACUUUUUUAAUACUUUAUAGUUUUUCCACCAUCAGCUGAAAGUUUUCAAAACAAAUAUUUGAAAACCAGGUAUCCACAUAGCACUUUUGUUCGUGACUAGUUUUGCACACUUGAAAAUUGUUUACUUAUUUUAUGACUGUACGUUUUAAGUUUUACGGACACUAUCUUUAUUAUUUGUCAUAUUCUGACAAGUCAAAUUUAUGCCUUGAAUUACAUCAUCUCUUUUCCUGUGGGUUUCAUUUGCUAAAUUUGCUUGAUUUUAAUAGUAUAAAAAUAUAGCUAGUUGUUUGGUUCUAACUCUUCUUAAUUAUCUUCUUUACAGAUAAGAAAUUAUUUAAAUGAUUAACCAGUUUUAUAUAUUUGGCUGUACAUUGUAGAGUUGAACUCAGCAUGUUUUUAUUAACACUGGUUACAUUCUCAGAUUUUAAAAGUGGUUGCUUUUGUGAAAUAGAGUUAGAGACCAGUAUGGCACUUAGGUCUUUUCUAAUUCGUGACAAUAUCCAGCAGCCAGUUUAUUCACAAGCUUGGCACUUAUAUGUGCUGCUGAUUUCUAAAUCUGGCAUUAACUAGAAUAACUUGGAUCACUUCUUUUUUGGCUGGAAUAAUUUCCUGAAGAUAGUUGCCAGUGGAAAAUGAGGAUGUUGUUAAUAUCACAUAUUAGAAGCUAUUAGAAUAGAUAUUAGAAAAAUACCAUUUUUUAAUCCAAGAUAUUUUUUAAUUACUAGACUGAGGCAUUUUUAGGUUGCAUUGAUAGCUAUGCAUUAUGAACUAUAAGUCAAUAUAUUUGGUGAUGGUUUUAGUAAUCAGUAAUGAAAUUUGUACAAUUAUACUUCUCUAGGCAAUCUACUUGAUAAAUCUACUUGUUUGUCCAAAAGUAAAAACAGUGAGAAAGAUUUGUAAGAUCUUUGACUUUUCUACCUUUUAAGAAAUGAAGUCAGCUGACAGUGUAUAUUCAGGACCUCCUCAAAUUGGUGGGAGAGAACAGAAUAUUUACUCAGGAGCACCUUAGUGUAAUUCAGACAUUUCUCUUGAUACAAGUCUUAAAAUAUUUCCUAGAUUAUCUCACAUUCUUAAUAUGUAACACCAAGUAAAAAUUCAUUUCAAUUUCUUUUCUCCCAGUUUAUUUCUAUGAGUACGUCCAUCUACUUUACUAAUUUUAGUUUCUGGAAAGACUCUUUGUGUUCAAAACUCCCAUGAAUUCUGAUUAUAAACUUUGAAAGAGUUUUAUUUAUAUUACAUGAUCCUGGACUUAUCAGUAUAAAUGCUAUGUGCCAUGUUUGUCUUUCCUGCAUGAGGCAGUGUCAUCUCAAAUUGCCUGACAAUGUUAUGAGAGUGACUUUGGGUCAAAAACAUUACCUGUGGGGGCUGAUUUGCACUGUUAUAAUCAUUUUGAAAUCUAAUUUCAUUAUCAUACCUAUUCUUUAAUCACAGUAAACUCGUACUUUUCUAAAUUGGAAGAAUUAUGAAUCCCUCCACACUUUAGAAUCAAAACAUUUAAUCAAAGACAACACCAGUUUCAAAGAGGUAAUGCAAGUCCUUGAGUUUAAUUCUCUUCACACUUACAAUGCUUCCUCUGAUAUAUUCUGCUGCUUAUAUCCUUAUAUACAGUGAUGUCAUUUUGCUGUUGUUAUUUUCUUACUCUCCUUUUCUUACAUUUUGUAAAUUUUGUUUCUUAUGUGUUUUAGCAUGCCCUUUCCUUUGAACUUUGUAUAAUAAGCUUAUAAAUUUUAGUUUCUUUUAAGGUACAGCAGGUCAUUUUUUGUUUCUAUGCUUUUGAGUCUGCAGCUUUUAAAAAAGGUAUAUUUGUCCCCAGACCACAGUGCCUUGCUUUCCCCACUACCACCACCUGGCGAAUGGGCAUCACAUGCUGCACAAGCCUAUUUUGGUAGCUGGUAAAGUUUAUGCAGAAAUUGUAGCCCUUUUAUCAUAUAUGCAUUCAACUUGUUCAAUAAUGUUAACUAUUUUCAGAGUUUACUUGGAAGUAAGAAUUGUUCUGUACUUUAAUUUACCAUAUUUUUUCUGGUAUAAAAAUGAGCCAGAAAUAAGCCUGAUUGCUAACCUAAGUCCUGCAUAAGAUUUCCUCUAUACACUUUACUAUACAUGUGGAUUUGGCUAGCAAGUGAUACUGCCAGCAUUACUAAUGAUAAAUACUUGACUACACAGAUUGAUGGAACAACACUGUUAGUGUUUUCAGGGAAUUUACUCCAUGUGUCACCACCAAAGAUUUCUACAGUGUUACAGCGUAUGUAAAUAUUCCAAAUUUCUGUGAGGCAUUGGUUAGAUAAAUAUAUUGUCUUUUUUUUUUAAUAACACAGUUUAUGCUUCUGGAAUGCUUGACCUUUUGUGUUGUUAAAAAUAAUUCAGUACUAUCUUAUCUUUAAUAUCGAUAAUUUGUAUUUUUAAUUGGAAUGGACUAAAUUUUUAUUUUCAUACUAUCAGGAAACUUAAGGAGUUAAUGUGUAUUGGAUAGCAAUUUCCUGUUGUCUUCUGUGUGGGCUGAUUGAUUUGCAAGGCUAAUAGAUAAAUUUUGAGAAGGUCAUUGUUAGUGUGAUAUGCAGUGUACGUUUCUUAGUAAACACUAUUGAAGAGUAAAGCUUUCUGAAAAGAAAAUACAGCUUUUCUCUCUACAUGUUUUUAAGAUAAAAUCUUCUAAGGUAUCCUACAGAUAUAAUGUGUAUUAAUUCUUCAACCAUUGACCAUGAAUUGACAUUUUUUUCCUUAAAACCUUUUAAAUCUAUGUACUUUAAUAGUUAAGAGAAAGCAAUUUUGCAAACUCUUUGUAAAGGCUAUCUUUAUGCCUAAUAGAGGGGUAACUUCACAAAUGUAUUUUUGAAAACUUUAAUGUAAAAUAAACGUUUUAUUAGUGACAACUUA